AUGCUGCGCGCAUGCGACACGCCCGCACCCUUCUGCGCUCCUAGUAGCUCGACUCGUAAACACGCGAAUUUAUAUCGCAAUAAAUUAAAAAAAAUAUACACAAAUGAUAUAGACGAAAUGGUUGCGAUACUAGCCAAUCCUAAGUGGAGCGAAGACCUCACCAUCCAAAUGAUAAUUGAGUACGAGAAACGCGAGUACCUCUGGAAUCCAGUGUCCGAAAACUACAAAAACAAGAAAGUACGCGAACAAGGAUACGUUGAAAUAAUAAAAACAUUGAAUCUAGUUGAUAUAACGGUUAAAGAACUGAAAAAUAAGAUAAAGAAUAUACGAUCGUCGUACAGCGUCGAGUUGAAGAAAAUUCGCGCGGCGAGGAAGGCCGGCGCGCAUGCGUACCGUCCAAGCGUCACGUGGUUCGAGCACGCAGACAGGUUUCUGCGGGCGAUCGUCACUCCGAGCUCCGUGGAUAACAGUCUUCUCGAAAUACCAAUGAGCGACGACAGCGAUGCCGUUCAAGAUUUGAGCGAACGAAAAUCGCCCGAAAAGAAGAGCCCACGAAAACGACGCAGUUCAACGCGAUCGUCAACUCCGUACGUUUUAAAUACGCCAUCCCCUCGACCGAGUACGCCCUUCGGGCUCAAUCAAACUUCGUCCCCAUUCGGGAUCCUGCCGACCUCGACGUCCGCUCCAUUUCUUAAUCCCCCUGUCGGUAUAGCAACGCCACUAACUACAUCGCUCGCAACGAUUUAUCCGGUGCCGGCAAAACAAAAAAAGAGCAAUUUCGACGAACGAAGCGACCAGUCAGAAACGGCGCAAGAUUUGAGUCAGCAUUCUGAGAACGGGAACGAGAAUGAAUUCGAAAUGUUCGGCAAAUUGAUUGCGAGUCAACUUCGCAAAUUGCCUUUGAGUUUGGCUUUGGACACGCAGUUAAAGAUUCAAACGCUUGUGAAUGCGGCGAGAAUACAGGCUGUAUAUCAGCAGUAUAGCUACGCGGGCCCGUCGCAGGAGGCGCUGUCAGUGCAGGCUCUUUCAAACGGUAUAUUAGCAAGCAUGGCCUCACAAAGCCCUUAUGCAUCGCGUGUAAUGGACAUGAGAAAUGAUUCGCCCGACGAUUUGAAUAGAGAUCUAAAAACGGAAUAUUGUGUAGGAUCUGAAUUGGAAGAUUAGUGGAUGAAUUUGAAAUACGUUGAAAGUCUUCGGACGUAAAAUACGAGUAGCACUGCUCAUAUAUCGAUAAAAAUAUAGAGUUCUAAGUAGUUGCCGUAACUUCAAACCCUAGGACUUCAAAACCUUGUAUAAUUUUUCUAGGAUUUCUAAAAUGAAGUAAACGAAAAAAAUAAAACUUGGAGCAGAAGAAAAUCUAUGGCAUACAUCAUGCCAAACGAUUUGCAAAGCUAUUUCUGAGACAAUAGUGAUUUUAAUUUUGGUAAAAAUCCAAAUAUAUAUUUAUCUUAUCAAAUCGUUGACAAAAUCAGUGCCAAACAUGUCUCCAAGAAUGAUUGCGGCAUAUAUGUUAAAGUAUUUUAUAGCACACGACAAGUACCAAAUACAAUAUACGUAUUAUAGAUAAUUUAAAAUAUAACGGCAACUAUCUUGUAAACUCAAGUAGGUAUGUGUUUUAGAUGUUUCUAUAAAUGUGAUAGAUGUUAAAUAAGCCGCGAUUUUAUACAUGUAAUAGUGAUGAAAUGCCAAAGUACAAAUUAUAUACAGAAUUACUUAUAUACGUGAAAGAAAAAUAUAAUAAUGAAAUGUGACAUCAAAACAUAUUACUAGUCUUUGAUUCGGUGUUAGAUUUUCAUGUUCGGCUGUGUUUAGGUUAUUUGAGUUUGUAUAUUUUUUGUUUAGAUAUUUUAACUAAAAGUUUCUGAAAUUAUGAUCAAAUUAUUACCUUUCAGAACUACAGAAAUAUUUCGUAAUUGCGACAUAUUUUGCAAUAAUAACGUAACAUUCGAUUUUUCAAAUUCGAAAGUAUUUUGAUAUUUUUUAUUUUUUUUAUAAAAUUUAUUAGUUUUAUUUAACAUAUAGUUAUUGUGUAUAUUAGAAGUUUACGAAUUUAUUUUCAGUGUGAUAGCAGGUAAUGGAGGAAAAGAAAAAAAUACCUCAAUAUAGAUUAUAGUAUAGAUUUGAUAUUAGUAAAAGUAUAUUUUAUCUGUUGUUCGAUGUGCCACAAUUAUAUAAAUGGAAUGUGAUUUAUUAAAAAAAUAAAUAUUUUAUAAAUGUG